GAGACAGUCUGGGGAGUUUCCCUGUUGACAGCAGCAGUUAGCCUGCCAGCUAGCUCCCUAGCUAGCCGCACUACAUUCACUGGUAACUAAGCUAAAGCUAAGCUAACCAUCCGUGCUCUUCAGAUAUCCACCAUGGAUUUGAAUACCAUCUUGUCGCAACUUGAAACUGCCAACGAGGAGGACAUAGAGAAGCUCUUGCAGCAGUAUAAUCGAGAGAACAUUCACACCUUCAGUUUUGACCAAAAGGAGGAAACCCUGCGGAGUAAGCUGUGUCAGAGCGUUUUGACAGUACUGGGGAGGCAGGUGCAGCCCAGCUGUCAGAAGACAUGUCUGGAGACCCUCCGCAUCCUGUCCAGAGACAAGCGUGUCCUCGCACCUGUAGCCACCAGGGAGGGCAUGCUGAUCCUGGGAGGGAUGGCGAGGCUGCGAGCCGGACAGGAGGAAGGUGACAACCAGAACAGCUCUCAGGAUUGCACACAGUCAGAGGAGGAGGAGAGGGUGGUGGUGGAGGCCUUGAAGUGCCUAUGCAACGUGGUGUACAACAGCCCUGCAGCUCAGCAGGUCAGCGUGGACGUGCAGCUGGCUCAUGGUCUUUGUGCCAGCCUGCGCACCGCCCGCUCAUGGCACCACGAGGUGGGCCUGUUCACGCUGCGCCUUCUCUUCCUGCUGUCUGCCCUCCAGCCUGAUGUGAGAGGGGUGUUGAGGAGACAGUGGCACGCUGUGAGGCUGCUGACCGAGGUGCUGGAGCUCACCCUGGAUGUGCGCUGGGUCGGUCCCUAUGAAGCCGCCCGUCCGGACCCUCAGGCCCUCCCCAUGCCUGCGGAGGACAAUGAGCGAGCGAUGGAAGCUCUCAAAGCCUUGUUCAACCUCACGCUGUCUGAAGCUGGUGGUGAGGAGGACAACCACCAGUUCCGACUCAUUGCUGCCAUCCUGCGCCACCUGUUGAUGCUGAAGACCGAGACAGAGGAGAAGACAGAGGAAGCACACAGCCAUGCUGUCAAUCUACUCAACAACCUGCCCGUGUCCUGUCUGGACGUAUUGAUUGACGUCCCUGUCCAGGGAGGACAAGAGAAAUAUGGCAGGAAAAACAUGGAUGCAGUCCAGGUUUUAUUAGACUUCAUGGAGAAAAGGAUCGACAAGCAGGGCUCCAACUUCAAAGAGGGUUUGACUCCAGUGCUCAGCCUUUUGACUGAAGGAUCCAGACACCACAGGGAGAUCCGCAGAUACAUCAAAGCUCAGGUACUUCCCCCGUUGAAAGAUGUGAAGAUCAGACCAGAGAUUGGCACCACCAUCAGAAACAAGCUGGUUCGCCUUAUGACACACGUGGAUAUGGGUGUGAAGCAGACGGCUGCAGAGUUUCUCUUUGUUUUGUGCAAAGAAAGCGUGGACAACCUGUUGAAGUACACGGGGUAUGGAAACGCAGCAGGACUCCUCGUGGCUCGAGGACUUCUAGCAGGAGGAAGAGGAGAGACUCAGUACUCUGAAGACGAAGACUCAGACACAGAGGAAUAUAAAUCUGCCAAGCCUUUCAUCAACCCCAUCACUGGUCACGUGGAGGAGCCGAUGCCGAACCCCAUCGAAGAGAUGACUGAGGAGCAGAAGGAAUAUGAAGCUCAGAAACUGGUCAAUAUGUUUGACAAGCUGUCAAGGCAGAACGUGAUUCGGCCAAUGGGCGUCAGGCCGGACGGGACGUUAGCACCUCUUGAAGAAACUCUCUGUGAUCCGCACGAGGACAACUCAGGAUCAGACUCAGACUAGUGCAUUACACUCCCAGGCCACGUUUUCCAGACUAGGCCCACCAGGCGCCCAACACAUCUCAAGCUAUGUCUCGUCUCCAGGGCUGGAUCCUCUGAUGGAUUCAUACAGGUGGGUUGUAAAUAUGAGCUGAAUCUGUGCCUCCAUAAUGAAAAAGACAGUCUGCUGCUGAGUGUAGAGCUGUUCCCAAAACCACUCAUCAUCACAGUCAAACUGAAUGCAAAAGUUAAACAAGACAGUGACCUGCUGCACUGACGGCUGUCUGUAGAUCACUCUCCAUUAAAUUUAAUAGACUUUUACUGUCAGUCAGUUAAGAUUAAAGCUGUCCAAUGUAUCAGCAGGAAGUUGCACUAAAUUGUCUGAAAUAGUUGCAGUGGUGAACUUCUAACAGAUCAUGUGUGUGUGUAUGUAUGUGUG